UCCACGCUGCUUCAGUUAGGUAAGCAGAUACAUGGAUUGUGCUUUAAAACAAAUUAUGAUAUGUCAAGUUUCGUGGGCAGUUCUUUGAUAUCUUUGUAUUCUAAGUGUGGAGUGAUAGGAGGAUCUUACCGGGUUUUUGAUGAAGCCUGUGUUAAGAAUCUUGGGAUGUGGAAUGCAAUGCUGAUUGCUUGUGCUCAGCAUUCACAAACAGAGAAAGUGCUUGAUUUGUUUAAGCAGAUGGAAGGUCUUGGGAUCAAACCGAAUUUUAUUACCUUUUUGUGUGUGCUCUAUGCUUGUAGCCAUGCCGGGCUUGUUGAGAAGGGACAACAUUACUUUGAGUUAAUGAAGGAGUAUGGAAUUGAGCCAGGCGAUCAACAUUAUGCUUCUUUGGUUGAUUUAUUUGGUCGUGCAGGUAAACUGCAGGAGGCACUUUCAAUCAUCAGGGAGAUGCCUAUUCGGCCAACAGAGUCUGUCUGGGGAGCUUUUUUAACAGGGUGUCGACUUCAUGGGAACACUGAAUUGGCAGCUUAUGCUGCUGAUAGGAUUUUUGAGUUGGGACCCGUGAGCUCAGGUUUGCAUGUGUUAUUAUCUAAUGCUUAUGCUGCUGCUGGGAGAUACGAGGAUGCAGCCAAAGCUAGGAAGAUGCUUAGAGACCGAGGGAUUAAGAAAGAGACAGGUUUGAGUUGGGUUGAGGAGGGAAAUAAGGUUCACACAUUUGCUGCUGGGGAUAGGUCCCAUGCCAAAGCAAAAGAAAUUUACAGAAAAUUAGAGGAAUUAGGAGACGAAAUGGGACGAGCUGGUUAUAUUGCAGACACAAGUUUUGUAUGGAGAGAAGUAAACGGCGAAGAAAAGAAUCAGACAAUCAGAUAUCAUAGUGAAUGACUAGCUGUUGCAUUUGGGCUCAUUACCUUUCCAUCAGAUAGGCCAAUUAGAGUUAUGAAGAACUUGCGCAUAUGUGGUGAUUGUCAUACAGCAAUCAAGUUUAUGUCCAAGUGUACUGGAAGAGUAAUUAUUGUUAGGGAUAACAAUCGGUUUCAUCAUUUUGAGGAUGGAAAAUGUUCCUGUGGUGACUAUUGGUGAAUGAAGUAUAAGAUACCAUUAUUGUAUCCUAACAAAAUUCUGAAACAAGUGGGCAAAGGAUUACAUUGAAAGACUAUAGUGUGAGAUAAACAAGUGCCCCAUA